CUCUGUUUUCCCUGGACAGCGACGUGCGGAACCUCAAGCCUUUCAUGCUCAGGGCAAACAGGAACAUCCAACAAACAGGAACAUUGCUGAGUUUUCCAGUCGCACAUUCUGCACUUGCAGCGAAUAUAAUUCCAAAGGGGCGGAUUGUUCCUCGGAUUAUUUAACACUGGGACCAGUGCCAGAGAGAAAGGACAAAAGUCUAACCUGCCAUGAACAUGUACAAGUUUCCUUUCCUCCUUGUGGGUCUCCUUGUGGGUCUCAGCGCUGCAGUUCUACCACCCGAAAACCUGAACCAGAUUUCCAUAGAGGGGAGUCGCUACAUCACAGAACAGGUGGAGAAUGCGGUAAAUGGAGUAAAAAAGAUGAAAUCGAUCAUGGACCAAACUGGGAAAGAACAUCAGGAAAUCAUGCGCAACCUGGAGGAGACCAAAAAGAAUAAAGAGGAAGCCCUAAAGAGAGCCUUAGACACAGAGCAGGAGCUUGAGGAGAAGAAGGAAGUGUGCAAUGAGACCAUGUUGGCUCUCUGGGAGGAGUGCAAGCCCUGCCUGAAACAGACCUGUGUGAGGUUCUACUCCAAAACCUGCAGGAGCGGCUCUGGCCUUGUAGGGCGCCAGUUUGAAGAAUUCCUGAACCGAUCUUCUCCAUUCUCCAUUUUCAUCAACGGAGAGAAGAUCAACUCGCUGACACAGGAGGGGGAACAGCAGCACAUGACCUUGGAUGACCUUGAGGGUGGAUACAGCCUGGUGGAAGACAGUGUCGAUGAGCUCUUCAGGGAGAGCAUCAAGGCCUUUGGGCAAAUGAAGCCGUUCUUCAGCAAUUCCUUCCAUAAUGGAUUCUUUGAGUCUCAGUGGAACCCAUUUCCCUUCCAGCGAGUCGGGUUCCCCUUUUCUGAGUCUCGCCAGGCAAGAUCUCCCACAUUCAACCCCUACUUCUCUGGGAACUUUGAGUCGCUAAUAGAAGCAGCACAAAAAAUGAUGGAAAGAAGUCACCACUUUGUCCCAAGGUUGGAUGGACUGGGCUCCAUUAGGGGAAAUGGCAAUGAUUCGGAUGAUAAGUUGGUCUGUAAGGAACUCCGUCGCAAUUCAGCCAGCUGCUUAAAGAUGCAGGAAAAGUGUGAGAAGUGCAAGGAGAUUUUAGCAGUAGAUUGUACUGGGAAGGAUCCCGUGCAGGAGCACCUGCAGGAGGUGUUUCAAGACUCCCUGCGCCUUGCUGAGAAGUUCACCAGGCAAUACGAUGACUUACUGGAACAAUUUCGGGAGAAGAUGUUCAACACCACGGGUAUAUUGGAGCAGCUGAACAAACAGUUCGGGUGGCUUUCUAAGUUCGCCAACAUGACCCAGAGCGGAAAGAAUGGGAUCUUCCAAGUUUCCACGAUCUAUUCCAAAGAGGGGGAGUCUCCUUCGGACACCAAAGUGACUGUCAACGUAUUUGACUCUGACCCAAUUACCUUCACGUUGCCCGGAUACAUCUCUAUGGAUGAUCCAAUGUUUGGGGAGCUGGUGGCUGAGGAAGCCCUCAAGAAGUUCAAAACGGAGGUUGUUGAGGCUGCCUGAGCUGACACCAUUGGGAUUUGCUUCGGCACAAACUGUCGGCUCCUUCUUUGCGCAACUUCCUUAGAACAGGACUGCAACCCAUAUGGCAACUCUCCCAAGCAAUAGACAAAGUAUAUUGAUGCCUCUGCUACCUCCUGAAGCCAGAACCUGAUUCUCUUAAUGUUGUGUUACGUUACUACUGUUACUGCAUUGUGCUGCUUUUUUAUUUUUGUAGGAUCCAGACAAAUAAAUACCUGUAAUAUUGUGAAUAGAAA